UCUCCUCCUCCUUCUCCUUCCCCCAAAAAACCUGGAGAACCAUUGCAGUUUCGUUUUCUUCUUUAACCAUUUCAAAGUUUCGUUUUUUCUUCUUCUUGUAAUCUCUUUCUUCUUCGGCGAAUUCGUAUUCCUUCUUUCUCAAAUCUUCAAAUGAGUUCUAGAGACAGAGGAUCACCUUCUUCUUCUUCUUCGUCUUCUCCGUCGUUACCAGGACUAGCUCAGUAUAACGAAAAGGUGAAGAAUCAGAUACAAGCACUUGUUCGUGUUAUUAAACUUGCUCGUACCUGUAGAGAAGACAAUGUCCCAUCUCAAAUUGAAGAGGGUCUUUAUCUUGGAUCUUUUGCAGCAGCUAAUAACAAGAAUGCUUUGAUAGCUUACAAUGUUACACAUAUCUUGACUGUUGCUAGUUCCUUGAGACCAGCUCACCCUGAUGACUUUGUUUAUAAAGUUGUACGAGUUGUGGAUAAGGAAGACACAAACUUGGGAAUAUACUUUGAUGAGUGUGUUGAUUUCAUCGAUAAAGCCAAGAGACAAGGCGGUAGUGUUCUUGUCCAUUGCUUUGUUGGCAAAUCACGGAGUGUCACUAUUGUUGUUGCUUACCUCAUGAAGAAACAAGGAAUGACCUUAGCCCAAGCACUGCAACACGUUAAGAGCAGAAGACCCAUUGCAAGUCCCAAUGCCGGUUUCAUCAGACAGUUACAAGACCUAGAGAAGUCUAUACAAGGGAAGCAAGAAGAACGAAUUGCACAAUGUCAGGCUUGAAGAUCCAUCGUACCUUUGGGGGGAAAAACUUGUAAAUCUCAUACGACGCAGCGUCAUAUGUUUUGUUGCGUCUCUCCUUAACAACUCAAAGUAAAUAAAUAACAAAUGUAAGAUCAGGUUCCUUUCGUUAUAUGUAUAGUAUAAGUGUUUAGUGUGUUGUGUGUAUGACACUAGUUUCAAAUUCAAUGUUCCAUGAAUGUAAAAAACUGAACUCAAAAAGUAAAAGAUGAGAAAAAUAUUUGUAAACCAAUG